ACAGCCACUUCCGGUUCUGCAGGAAAAACACUCGUGAAGUUUGUGAACGGGGGAACGAACACGAGAUGGGCUGAACCGAACCACUUCAGCGAUAUUAAACCGAGGCAGUGCUGUGAUUCAGAUUCUGGGCAGAUAGAUGGACAAAGUUUCGACAAACAUCAGAGAAAGAAAAUGUUUGUCAGCUGAGAGAGCAUGCACGUCAGAGAGAGAGCGAGAGAGAGAGAGAGCAAGAAAGAAGUCAACAAGCCGCUUCUGGUAUCGGAGAGAGGGGUAAUGUGUAGUGUGAAGAGAGUAGGACAUGCCUUACGUGGACCGGCAGAACCGCAUCUGCGGUUUCCUGGACAUCGAGGAUGUAGAGAACAGUGGCAAGUUCCUACGGCGGUAUUUCAUCUUGGAUACGCAGCAGGGUAGUCUGGUCUGGUACAUGGACAACCCACAGAACCUACCAGUAGGUGCCAAACCCGUGGGUUCACUGAGUCUUCCCUACAUCUCCAAGGUCAGUGAUGCCACUAAACAGAGGCCAAAGGCGGAGUAUUGCUUUGUCAUAAAUGCAGUAAUGCGGAAGUAUUUUCUUCAAGCUAAUGAUCAGCAGGAUCUAGUGGAUUGGGUCAACGCGCUCAACAAUGCAACUAAAAUCACAGUACCCAAGUCCUCUGAUGGCGUUCAGGCUGAGAGUCAGAGGUUGGCGUCUAAUGGCAACAAGAAACAGGGCCCGUACAAAAUGGAAAUUAUUGCAGGAGUCGCUGUUGUCACACCAACACAGGAUGGAGAGGGGGGACAUGGGGUUGCAGGAGAGAAGAUGGCCUUGAGGAAGACUCCCCACCUGCACAGUAGAGCAGCACAGGAUCACAGCGCGAUUAAAGCAGGAUACUGCGUCAAACAAGGUGCACUGAUGAAAACCUGGAAACGGAGAUAUUUUGUUCUGGAGCAGAACUCCAUGAGUUACUUCAAGUCUGAGCUGGAGAAGGAUCCUUUACGAAUUAUUUCUCUGAAGGAGGUGCAUAAGGUGCAGGAAUGCAAACACAGUGAAAUAAUGAUGCGAGACAACCUUUUUGAAGUUGUAACAACCUCCAGAACAUUUUAUAUCCAGGCUGAUAGCCCAGAGGAGAUGCACAGCUGGAUCAAGGCUAUUUCAGGAGCCAUCGUGGCUCAAAGGGGCCCGGGCCGAUCCGCAGCCUCUGAGCACAUUGUUGGCAGUUCCUGUUUCUACCGCCAGCACGCGGGUCACAUCGGCCCCUGUGCGCCCAGCCCUGCCGUGUCAGGUCCCACGAGGGCUGGCGUGGGACAGCGAGCACUUCAUGAGCCUGCUGCCCUUGCCCCGCCCACAUGCCCGCCUGUCACUGCAAGAAACCCGCCUCUCCAAGUGACCCACGAAUCGCCCUGGCGCCGCCGCAGCAGCUUCGGGAUGUGCGACGCGCCCUCGCUCAAACCCGACUCGGAUUGUGCGGAUCUGCCUGUCAGUGAAGUCUGACACUUAUGCGUCAAACUUUUACCUCUGGCCCAAAGACCCAACUGGGUCCAAACUGACUGGACUUAACCUGUCGACCAAGUUCAAAAUCAUAAAACGGGCUGUGAUGAUGGAAAUCGCUUUUCGCCUCAGUCAUGUAGGUCAGAAAUUAAGACUAGGGUACAACACUACAACAAACACCAAAGGUUCUUUAAAGUACCUCCUGAUCUUUAAGCUUCUAUUCACUUCUUUUCUGCAUUGACACAAGAAAGUCGCAGAAAGUAAGGAAGAAAUGAAUGGAAUAUUUAAAGGCAAACUGGGAGAAAUAAUGAACUUUAUCUUCUGGUUAUGGACACCUGAAAAGAAUAAACACAUAUGGGAAUAUGUUGGAGGACUGUCUCUCAACUGUGACUAAAUGGAUGGAGAUUCCUAUCCUAACUACAGGUGGGGAAGAGUUUGAUUUAGUGCUCCAGUCCAAAAAUUCCCAAAUGUUUCCAGAGGUUUUCUUGUAUUUUUUUCUGUACAGCAUCCUAGUUUCUCGUUUAUGUACUGUUAAUGUGACUAACUAUUCCUGUGGACUAAGCUGGGGUUUAUUUUGACUGACAGUCUAUUUACCUUUAUUUUAUUCAAACGUAUACAUUGGUAUGGGUGAAUUCUUGUAACUGUAAUUCUUGUUUGUGUCCACUAAACAUUUGUGGAUAUAAUCCACAGUUUUUUUUAAAUAAUUUAAUGGGCUUUAUACAGUAAACAGUGCAUUGAUGCUGUGUAAUUGUCAAGGUCCUUGUUAUAUAGUGGCCGUUUGCCUUUUAUUGUAUGACUGUGUGUGUGUGUGUGUGUGUGUGUGUGUGUGUGUGUGUGUGUGGUUCCUCUGCUUUUGAAUUGUUCAUAUUGUUGCCUUGUGUGUUAUAGGGAUUUAAAUAUGACUACUAUACCUGUUGACAAAAUGCUUUUCAGUGUGUUUUAUAUCUUUGCACUGUGAUCCAUGUCCCUCUGUGUCACCCGAGUUACCUUCUAAGGUCCUAAAAGGCUGUCUAAAGCAGUGCCUGUGCCUUUAACUAUUAGAGGUCUGGCAAUUUUAGCCCUUUUUCUUGUUUUUUUUUUUCUGUAACAGUUUUAAUAUUGUUGGUUUGUAUUAUUUAUUAUAAGAACAUGACAAGGCAAUAAACCUGUUCUGAACGUA